GGCUUUUAUGGUUAAACUGACAUACCUACGCUUCAUUCAAAUACUAUGAGUAAUUUUAGUAUGAUAUGGUAGGAUUCCAAAGCUCUGAGUGUUAAGUUGUAAACAAUGCAAAACUAAGGUAGAAAUGGAUCUGUUAAGAUAUUAAAGCUUGUCGUAAGAAUUGUUUAGUACCUGAGAUUUUUUUAUGUUAUUAACGUCCAUUAGAAACUUUCAAGGUAAAUAAUUUAGCAAUGUGGAGGUUACUGUUGAUUGCGCCGCUUAUCUGCCUGUCCUCGACACAGGAAGAAGCCUCCUGGAGAUGUCCUCAAUAUUGGAUCCAGUUCCAGUCCUCAUGUUAUAGGUUUAUAAAGUCACCUUUACACACUCGCAAUGAUGCUAGAAAAAAUUGUCAGGCAUACGAGUCGGACCUGGUGAGUGUGAACUCGGUGGAGGAGCAUGGAUUCCUGCUCUACAAUCUGCUGUGGCAGGACCCACAACACCGUCGAUGGUAUACCGGCAGUCACCAGCAGAGUCCUGGCUACUGGGUCAAUGAGGACGGCACUCCGCUGCCUGACAUGGAAUCUGCAUUCCUACCUGAGCCUGCUGAGCCCCAGCCCAACAAAGACUACAUGGUUUACAGUUUCUCAAACUCGCUGAAGAAGUGGGGACUGGAGAAAGUGACCGGAGAGGAGCUGUUGUUGUAUAUCUGCGAGGCACCUCUGACGAAACUCCACUACGUCAUGGCUGAUGACAGAACCUAUCAGUACGGCAUCGACAUUGAAGACCCACUCAAGAUACCCAUCGGGCCUUACUUCAUCAACCAACCCAUUGAUGUAGUGUUCGACCUUUCCAAGCGAAAAAUCACAAACGAUGUUUCACUAAGCUGUCUGGCAGGAGGCUACCCUGCACCGACCUACGAAUGGUUUAAGGAAGACUAUCAGGGGGACAAACUGGUCUCCAUCAAGAUCGACCCUCUCAAGGACUCUCGCUUCACCAUCAGUGGGGGCACUCUCAUUAUCCAUGAACCUAGAAAGGAGGAAGACCGUGGCUUAUAUCAUUGUAAAGCCAGCAAUGACUACGGCACCAUCAUUUCCGAAACUGUGAAACUUACUUUUGGAUUCAUUGGUGAAUUCAACCUCAAGCGAUCGGAAGAGAAGGGAGAAGAGAAUUGGGGGAAAACAGUAUAUUGUGAUCCACCUCAGUCCUUUCCAGGUGUGAAGUAUUACUGGGCCAGAGACUACUUUCCAAAUUUCGUAGAAGAGGACAAGCGAGUAUUUGUGUCAUUCGAUGGUGCUCUGUACUUCUCGGCCCUGGAGAACAUCGACAGAGGCAACUACAGCUGUAAUGUGCAAAGUCGAGUGUCCGACACUGGACGCAACGGGCCAUUCUUCCCCCUCAAUGUCCACCCUCAUUCAAACCAUCAACAGCUCAAAUUUCCAAAUAAUUUUCCAAAAGCAUUUCCGGAGGCUCCAGUUGCUGGGAAAGAAGUCAGAUUGGAAUGUGUGGCAUUUGGAUACCCAGUUCCGUCGUACAACUGGACGCGGCGGGGCUCCGCCUUACCUCGGCAGGCCAUCUUCGCCUCGUACAAUCGCGUGUUGCUCAUCCCCAAUGUGCAGGUGGAGGACCAAGGGGAGUACAUUUGUCGAGCCACUAAUGACAGAGCCAGCAUCCACAACUCAGUCGUGCUGUCUAUACAAGCCGAACCGAACUUUACGAUCCCGUUGACCGACAAGCACAUGGACAACAAAGGAGAGUUGACGUGGACGUGUGAGGCGUUUGGGAUCCCUGACGUGAGUUAUGCUUGGAUGCGAAACGGAGAGCUGCUGGAGGUGGACAAGUUGCCAGAAGAAGACAGGGCCAGAUAUGUGAUACAGGAUAAUGUGCUGACUAUCCGCUAUCUAAACCCAGAGCGAGACCCGGCCAUGUAUCAGUGUCGUGCUCGCAACGAUCUCAGGACCAAGUAUUCAUCGGCUCAACUACGAGUCUUGUCACUCAAACCGUCAUUCAAAAAGCGUCCCUUGGAAACGGAAACUUAUGCUGCAGAAGGGGGAAACGUAACCAUCAUUUGUAGUCCUGAAGCUGCGCCCAGACCAAAGUUCACUUGGAAGAAGGACUCCCUUGUAAUUGGAUCCGGUGGAAGGAGGCAAAUUAAGGAGAAUGGCAACCUGAUCAUCAGCCCAGUGUCGAGGGAUGACGAAGGGAUGUACCUCUGCAUCGCACAGAACCAGUACGGAACAGAUGAGAGUUAUGGCAGACUAAUCGUACUCCGUGGGCCCAUGCUGGUUGAACAGCUGAAUCCAAGGGUGGUGACAUCUGUUCAAAGGGACGUUUAUCUCCGAUGUCAAGCUGCGUCUGAGGACAUCCUUGACAUUGCUUACAUCUGGACGCACAACGGCCUGCGGAUCCCUCACAGCGAAUACGCCAACACAAAUAUUAAAAUUGAUGGUGGUUCAUUGGUUAUUUAUAACAUAACUCUGGCGGAAGGAGGAGAUUACGAGUGCAUUGUCAAGAGUGCUGUCGGCAGGAUAGCCUCCAGGACCUCAGUCUUUGUAGAAGGCCCACCUGGACCUCCAGGUGGUGUAUCUGUUGUGGACGUAUCGAGGUACUCGGCAACAGUGCAGUGGACAGACGGCGCAACCAACGGCCGCCCAAUCGUUUCCUACAUCAUUUCUGGCCGAACAAGCUGGAACAAAACUUGGGUUAACAUAUCUGACAAUGUGGUUGCCAAGGAGGUGAACCGGUAUACAGGACGCAAGGAGGCUCUUUUAGAUAACAUCCUGCGCCCCUGGUCCACGUACGAGUUUCGUGUGGCAGCAGCCAAUGUGCUGGGAUACGGAUUCCCCUCAGCACCCUCCCCCAUGUACAACACCCCACCAGACAAGCCCCAUAGGGCUCCCAGCAAUGUUGGAGGUGGAGGAGGAAAAAUUGGAGACUUGACUAUCGCUUGGACACCAUUACCUCCAGAAGAUCAGGCUGGGCCGGGAGUGUAUUACAAGGUGUUUUGGAGGCGAUCUGAGCAUGACAGCGAAUUCCAGAGUUUGGAACUCAAAGACCUCGGCAACAUUGGGGUGACUGUCGUUAGAAUCCAGCAGGAUUUCUAUUACACGAAAUAUGAUGUCAAAGUUCAGGCAUUCAAUAGCAUCGGAGCCGGGCCAGAAUCGGAGAUCGUAACCAUCUUCAGUGCUGAAGACAUGCCCCAGGUGGCUCCACAGCAGGUCGCAGCUCGUGCGUUCAACUCCACCUCCCUCAACGUCAGCUGGGUGCCCAUCGAUCAGACCAGGGAGAAGAUCAGAGGAAAACUCAUCGGCCACAGGCUUAAGUACUGGAACGAGAAGAACAGAGAGGAGGACGCUGUGUACUUCUUGAGUCGUACUACAAGACCCUGGUCUCUACUCAUCGGGUUGCAGCCUAACACUUACUACUACGUCAAAGUGAUGGCGUACAAUGCUGCCGGAGAGGGGCCUGAGAGUGAACGGUUCCUAGAGAAAACAUUCCGUAAGGCUCCUCAGAAGCCACCAUCUUCAGUGUUUGUGAAAGCUCUGAACCCCACAACUGUGAGAGUUGUGUGGAGAUACGUCACUCCAAGUCAGGAGGAGGAGCCCCUCAUUGGUUAUAAGGUGCGAGUGUGGGAGGUGGACCAAGAUAUGAGUACCGCCAACGACACGUUCAUCGCUUUAGGCAAUGACCUUGAGGCUAUAGUCUCGGACUUGUCUCCAGGGAAAACAUACAAUCUCAGAGUCCUGGCAUUUUCCAACGGAGGAGAUGGGCGAAUGUCUUCCCCAACAUAUGUUUUCCAAAUGGGUGAACCAGCAGCUUUCCGUAGUGGUAGCAGUCGAGCUUCGGGAGCUGCAGGUGUCUUGUCAUGUCUCGUAGCGCUGAUCAGCUGUAUCACACGCUGGAGCAUGUAACGUCUCUGCUCACUGUCGCACGCACUUCCAUACUUCAGGGUAACGUCGCUACACCACGCUGCCCAACAUUCCAGUUACAAUUGUCACAAGCGUAUACCAGCUUGCACUCUUGUAUAAUAUUCAAAGGCCAAAGUAGAAGCACAAACUAAUGUCUUAUACUGUAAAAAUGUAUCAUAGGUGUACUUACUUAUAAACUGGAAUGGUACUAGGAACUAUCACAUUUUAAAAUAGAUAAAUAAAUUAGUUUUGCAUUGUUUAAGCACUCAAUAAUCUAUCUUUGCGCUUGCACUGCUCAAAAUGCUGGAGUUUAAGAUAUUUUAAAUUAAUAAUUAUUUAAGUACUUUCGAAAUAUUGCAUUAGAACUGUACAAAUCCUGUUUA